AUGGACGAUCAGUCGCAUAAUUAUCUCGAUCCGAUCAGCGAUAAGUUGCUGCCCGAUCACCCGGCGCAAGCCGAGUACAUUCCGCACACGCUGGUGUUAGACUUAGAUGAUACGCUGAUAAACUCCAAUUGGAAGCGCGAGCGCGGGUGGAGGGUUUUCAAGAGACCCGGAGUGGACGCGUUCCUGAAGCACAUGUCGCAGUUUUACGAGAUGGUGAUUUUCACGGAUCAGUUGAUGACGUACGGCGACCCGAUCAUCGAACGCUUGGACCCGACGAGAUACGUCACUCAUCGUUUGUAUCGGGAAUCAGCGCAGUACAAGAACGGAGAGUACAUCAGAGAUUUAAGCAAGCUCAAUCGGGACAUGGGGCAGAUUUUGUACAUUAGCAGCAAACCGAGAAGCGCCGAGCUUCACGCCGCCAACGUCAUUCCCAUCAAACCGUGGACGUACGAAGACGGCUCCAAAGACACCGCCCUGCUGGACUUGAUGCCAUUCCUCGAGUCCAUCGUCCGCUUAAACGUCCAAGACGUUCGAAUCGUGCUCGAAUCCUACAAGAAGGAGAUGGAAACCACGGGAAAAGACAUUCCUCAGAUUUUCCGCGAGCGUCAAUUCGCGUUUCAGCGCAAGCGUCGCGACAAGCUCAAGAGUUCGCCCAAAAUCACUCGCGGCUACGACGUCGGUCGUCCCUCGCAAUCCACCAAGGCGACGACGUGA